UGAAUAAUAAACACACACACACUCACUGCCGUCAGUCUAUACAUCCCUUUGCCGCUUAUGCAUGAAAUUUCGAUUGAUUCUCUCUUUUAACGCGCAGCUGUGCAUUUGCAUACUAUGUAUUAUAACACCUUAUGACUGGCGCGCAGGGAUCCCAUGAUUGAAACUUGUUUACCAUUUACAACCAUUGUCAUCACGAAUCGAUAACCAACACAACUGAAAAGACGGGCUUACUCGUCAUUCAGUACGACUUUCACCAAUACUCACACUCGAUCACACACCCACACACCCACACACAUAGACAAUGCUUUCGCAGUCGUCUAGAAUACAGACUAUACUGGUCAUAGCAACAGUUUGGCUUGCUACAUUCUUCACAUUCACAAAAGCACAAGCUGUUAGAACACAAGCUGACGAUCCAAUCAACAUCGUAGGAACAUGGACAACUGGAUCAGGUCAAGUAGCGACCGGUUUGAACUUUUUCAAUCCUCUAAAUCAAACAUUCAAUGUACCCAAAGUAGGUGGACAAUCUUACAGUUUCACCAGUGACGGUCAUUGGGAACAAGCAUUGUUCAUCUUUACCGCCGAUCCCGCUAAUCCAAAUUGCGCACAAGCACAAUUGAUCUGGCAACAUGGUACUUUCACAAUGAACCAAAACGGUUCACUAAGUUUGACUCCCUACAUCGGUGAUGGAAGACAAUUGAUCCAAAACGGAUGCACACAAGUAUCUUCAUCUAUUACAUCUUACGAUCAAGCAGAAUACAUGCAAUCCUUCUAUAUCCGUCAAGAAUGGCAUUUCGGUUCAGGAGGAUAUUAUUUGCAAAUGUAUGAAUUUGAUGGAACGCCAAAGCCAUGGAUGUGGUUGACAUACAAACCACCACAAAUGUUGCCAACACAACAGUUGAAGCAAACGGUGUAUGGGCAUGUCAAUCACAGUUGAGAAUGUUUUCCCGAUUUAAUCUUUGCCCCUCGCCCAACGAAUAUACGUUACACGACCUUGUAUACCAGAGAAUCGCCCCCCUAUUCAGCUAUGCCAAGCUUCAAAGAACUUUUUAUCCAUCAGCACCUAUCCAAAACCUUCAAAAGACGUAUUUGGAUGACAUCUCUUUCCAUCAUACAUUGCUAUCUAAUUUGUUUCGGACUUGUUUUUCUCUAUCUCUCUUUUUCAAAUUGUAAUUUGACUAACAUUUUUGCCAUCUUUAUCCUGACAAGCUUCAACAACAAUCUCGCUUUUGUGGAUCAAUGGCGACACUCACUUGUCAUUCUCCCUCCAUGAUCGUGUUGCUUCUUGCUUAUAAAUCAUGCAAUAAAAGGACUUUAUCUUAUAAA